GAGGGGACAUGGAGCCAUGAGCCUCUGUUCUUCAAGGCUGUGUUCUUCAAGGGGCCUUUAAGAGGUGAUUAGAUUCUCUGGAUCUGUCGGUUCUGGCACUUGCUCUGUAAUUCAAUGACCUCUCCAGCAUCCUUCAAAUUUGCCUCUUUCCAUGGGAGCAGAUUUUGUUGGCUUUUGGCCACUGGCACUUAGAGUUCUAAUUAGUAUCUACCCCUUCAGUCCUCAGGGUGCUCAGGACAGAGGAAGCCACCAGAACAGGCAAUAAGAAAGAGUGGAGAGGACCUCUGUUACCUUAAAACCAGUCACAGACUCUGGACAGAAACCCUGCCCACCCCAGGCAAGAUGCCAACUCCCUUCCUGGUCGUGAUGUCACAGGUCCCUGGACAUGACCUCCCCACAAGGGCAGGACCCUAGCUCCCUUCCUAGUCAUGAUGUCACAGGUCCUGACAUUCCACAGUGUCCUGGAGACCAAGGGUGGGAAACUGCCAACCUUCAGGACGUCCUUCGCCUUCAGCUGGAGGGAGCAUGGCAGUGAACCAGGGAGAAGGGACCCUCUGCUUUGUCCUCCUGCUGUGCUGCUGGCAAGAAACCGAGCUCCGGCCGAGAAUUGCGACUCCAGGUCUCGAGGCUCCCAAAAUUCUUGGAUCUGCCAGAAAAUGACCUUCUUCACUCACCUGUGGGAUGGGGACUCUGUGAGCCAGGUAGCAGGUUCAACUACUGAAAUACCAUUCAGUUCAAAACAUGAGGAUGUGCCUGAAUUAUUAGAUGAAAUUCUAGUCCAGGAGAUUUUGGACAUGAAUAAAACAACAUGGACUGAAAUGCCAAGCACAGCAUCGACAUUGUCAACAAUACGUAAGGAAAACCAUGCUGGUAUUGAUGAGAAUUAUCAAGCUGGUGGUUCUGAGAAUUAUCAUGAAUUAUUAGAGAAUUUACAAUUCUCUUCUGCCACUGAAGACAAAGUUUCCAGUGAUGAAGCCAGUGCUAAUGCGAAUCUCCACAGCGAUCCUUCUGAGAAUUACAGUGGGCCACAGGUGUCUCCUGGCAGUGAGAAGACAGUUUCCAGUAAAGAAAAGACGAAUUCAAAGAACACUCAGUAUGAAAAUCUAUCCUUUCUGGACAAAAUCCUUCAAAAUAUUGGAAGAUCUUCAGGAAACAUUUUCCGUAACGAGCAGCAGAGGACCAGCUCUCAGAGAAAGAGCCGAGACAGUCAGUGAGGCCACAGCCCCAGAGCCUCUGCACAGGAGACGAGCCUGCUAGAACCCCCACGCGCCAGCCUCUGGAACAGGGCACUUGUGUGCACAUGCCCACGUUCUCUGAACCAUUCUGCAUAAAGGAAAAUUGUUUAUUCACACAAUCCCAA